AUGGCCGACAACGAGUCCCUUGUGUACAGCGGGUCGGUGUACGCGUUCGCCUUUGACGCGACGACGCAGGCGCACAAGCCGCUGAGCGAGUCGCCGCUGGGCGUCGCGCUCCUGGCGUCGCCGGCGAUGGCCUACCGCCUCCUCUGCUACAACGCGGCGCGCGACGAGGUGCUCUCGGCGCCGCUUGAGGACGUCCACACCAAGUUUACCGUGCAGCAAGACCAUUACGUUAGCUUUUACGAUCGCAGCACGAACUACUCGAUGCGCUUCAAGGACGACGCCGCCGUGCACGGCUUCUUGACGGCCAUCGCGGCCAUCAAGGCGCACCUCUCGUUCCAUGACCCGUCGCUGCCGUUUGAAGACAUGGUCGUUGGCGACGGCUACGGCGUGCAGAUGGGCGACAUUGUGGGCAUCGCGAUCGAUGCGUGGCAGACCACGAGCGCCGAUGCAAGCCCCGCCGACCUGCUCGCGUCGACGCCAAUUGUGCAUGCGCCGGCGACCGAGCUCCAGAAACUGCGCCUCGGCGACGCAAGCACCGAGAGCAUCCCCGGCCUCUCGAAAGCGCUCUUAGGGAUGCAAAAGGGCGGUCGCCGAUUCAUUUACCUGCCCAUGUCGACGUCGCCCAAGACGCUCGUCCUCGCGCACGUUACGCCGCCAUCCGAGCCGACCACCGCGCCUGUCGCAGAGCCCACGGACGAGCGACACGGCGAUCUUGUGAACCGCAUGGCGCUGCUCUCGCGCAUGGGCAGCAGCCAAGGCGCGGUGCUCCUGCCGCAGCUGAGCACGUCGAUCGCGCCGAUUUCGCGACGCAGCUCGUUGGAUGCGCCGACACCGACGUCCGAACCGUCGUCGCGUGUCCAGACGCCGCUGGUAUUGGCCAUGGCGCCGCCCGAGGCAGCGCCGACACCGGUGCCCGUGCGCACUCCAGCACCGACACCGACAUCGACAUCGACAUCGACAUCGACAUCGACAUCGACAUCGACGCCGAGCCCGCAACUCGACGCACUCAUGCGCGAGAAGGAAACCUUGCUCAAGGAGCAAGCAGCCUUGGCCAAAAUGCGCCAAGAGUGGGAAGACGCCGCGCGACAGCCGCCACCGACACCGGCACCGGUGCCCGUCCGCACGGCGCCGGUGACACCGCCCCGGCAACCGACGUCGGACCCGGUCGUGCGUGCGUCGACCAUGUACGCGCCGUUGUCCAUGCACGCGCCGCCGUCGUCCGCGUUCUUCGAGCCGACGCCGUUCCUGACGUCGUUUACGCCGGCGCCAGCUCCCGUGUACACGCCGACAACCGCCACAUACGCUUCGACGCCGCCCUUUACGCCCCCGUACGCAGCGGCGCCGGCGGCGGCCAACAGCGCCGAGCUCGAUGCAAGCAUCCAGCGCGUGGCGCGAACGACGCUGUCGAUGGAAGGCAUGCUUCUCGACUUGCAGUCCAAGAUGGACCGUCUCUUGUCGCAGUCGCACCGAAGCUCGCCAUCAACGGCAUCGAGCUACCACCGGCGGGACACGUCGUCGUCGUCAUCGUACGGCAACACGUCGCUGCUCAAGAGCAUGGAGAAGGUCUUGAGCCAGAACGAAGAGUACCAACAUGAGGUUAGCGCGCUCUCGCAGCAGCUGCAAGACGUGACGUACCGCUCCAACCAGCUCCAGGACGACCUCGAUCGCGCGCAUAGUGACAACCAGCGCAUGCAGCAGCAGUCGUCGUCCCAAUCCCGCAUUGCGUCCGAGCUCCAGAACCUGCAAGCUGCGCUCGACCACGCCAAGCAGCGCAGCGCGCAAGUCGAAGCCGACCUCUCACGGGCGCUUGCCCGCGCUGACGACGAGCGCAAUCGCCGUCUCGCGGCCGACGACCAGGUGCAGCAGCUCACGCGCGCGAUGCAGACACAAUCGCAAGCGUCGGCCGUCGACGAGCGCCAGCUGGAAGAGGCGCGGAGCGUCGCGAUGGCGUCGCAAAAGAAGUGGGCCGACGAGAAGCAAGCGCUGCUUGCGCGACUGGCCGCGAUCGAAGAGGCCAAAGCGAGUCGUGAAGCGCAGCUGCAGCAGGCGGCCGCCGCUGCCACGGAAGAGGCCGAGCGCACGCGCCAGCAAAUGCAAAGCGAGCGCGACAGCCACAGUCGGGACGCGGCCGAGGCCAUGCAGCAUCUCAACGAACUCGUGGCCGCCGGCGACGCCAGCCGCAAAAAACAUGCAGCACUGGAGGCCCAAUUGCGUGCGGCCGAAGACCGCGCAGACGAAGCGCGGGCGAAAGCUGCGGCGGCGACCACCGACGUUUUCAAGGAGCUCAUGAACGAUAUCUACUUUGCCUGCCAAGACGCAUUCGAAGAAGACGGCGAGUUUACCGGCAAGGAAGUCGCGAUCACGAUUCGAAAGAUCCUCAAGCAGCAAACUGCCACGGUGCUCGCCAAGCUCGAGACACCGCAAUAAGCCCG